UCUCCCUCACCACCAUUGCUCUCUCUCUCUCCUCCUUCUCUCUCCUCACAAUGCCGCAAUGCUUUGACGUCUCUCUUCUGUUGUGAAGAAACGCUGAAGCAUUGCAAAAAAUUGGAUCUGAAACUCGUCAAUUUCAUGGAGUCAUAACAGAUCUAUUGAGUUUCAGUAAUCCAGAGUGAGAGAGAGAAGCUGAGCAGAGCAAUUUCCCCUGUUUUAUUUUUCAAUUUCUCAUCUGAAAAAGAGGGGGAAAAGUGAGCAACAAUGGCGGAAAUAUCGGGGAAAAAUUUCAUACCGGAGCAGUUCCAGGGCUACACGCCGGACAUCGCGGGGCAAAUCGGUCUGCUGUGGGAGCUAAUCAAGGCGCCAUUGAUCGUGCCGCUGCUCACCGUCUGCGUCUACAUUUGCCUGGCGAUGUCGAUAAUGGUGUUCAUCGAGCGGCUGUACAUGGGCGUCGUCAUCGUCCUGGUCCACCUCUUCUGGAAGAAGCCGGAGAAGCGCUACAGAUAUGAGCCGAUGAAGGACGAUUUGGAGAGCGGCAACGCCGGCUACCCUAUCGUCCUUGUUCAGAUCCCCAUGUUCAAUGAAAAAGAGGUUUAUAAGAUCUCCAUUGGCGCAGCUUGCAAUCUCUCGUGGCCUGCUGAUCGGCUUGUAAUCCAGGUUCUAGAUGAUUCUACUGAUCCAAUCGUGAAGGAUAUGGUUGAGAGGGAGUGCAUAAGAUGGGCAAACAAGGGCAUAAAUAUCACCUACCAAAUUAGAGAGACGAGGGGCGGCUACAAGGCCGGAGCACUUAAAGAAGGGCUCAAGCGCGAUUACGUUAAACCGUGUGAGUACGUCGUCAUCUUCGAUGCGGAUUUCCGGCCCGAGCCUGAUUUUCUCCGACGAUCUGUGCCGUUCCUCAUCCACAACCCCAAGAUUGCUCUCGUCCAGGCCCGUUGGCGAUUCGUGAAUUCAAACGAAUGCUUGCUGACGAGGAUGCAAGAAAUGUCAUUGGAUUACCAUUUUAAAGUUGAGCAAGAAGUUGGAUCAGCCACUCAUGCAUUCUUUGGCUUCAAUGGAACUGGAGGGAUAUGGAGGAUCGCGGCCAUAAACGAGGCCGGGGGAUGGAAGGACAGGACCACAGUGGAGGACAUGGACCUUGCGGUUAGGGCUGGUCUCAAGGGCUGGAAAUUUCUCUACUUAGGAGAUCUACAAGUGAAGAGUGAACUCCCAAGUACUUUCAAAGCAUUCAGGUUCCAGCAGCACAGGUGGUCUUGUGGCCCUGCCAAUUUGUUCAGGAAAAUGGUGGUGGACAUUGCAACAAAUAAGAAAGUCACUUUGUACAAGAAGUUCUAUGUGAUCUACAGCUUCUUCUUCGUUCGAAAGAUCAUAGCUCACUUGUUCACUUUCUUCUUCUACUGCGUUGUUCUUCCAUUGUCAAUCCUCGUCCCAGAAGUCUACGUUCCUAAAUGGGGAUCCAUCUACCUUCCCUGCAUCAUCACGGCCCUCAACUCAGUCGGAACUCCAAGGUCAUUUCAUCUAUUGUUCUAUUGGGUACUGUUCGAGAAUGUGAUGUCGUUCCAUCGCUCAAAGGCCACAUUUAUCGGUCUAUUGGAAGCUGCAAGGGUGAAUGAAUGGGUGGUGACUGAGAAACUCGGAGACACACUCAAGAACAGCAAAGCAGGCAAAAUAGCAUCUAAAAUAUCCUUAUCUAAGUUGCUAGGAGAUAGGAUCAACCUGCACGAGCUCGGAUUUGCUGUGUUUCUCUUCAUCUGUGGCUGCUAUGACUUCAUGUAUGGGAAGAACUGCUACUUCAUAUACCUGUUUCUUCAAGUCAUCACCUUCACAAUCGCGGGGCUCGGAUACGUUGGCACCAUUGUUCCGAGCUCUUGACUUAUGAUGAUGAGCAUCUCUCUGCCUCUCACAUUCCUGUAUCUGUAUCUUUACCAAAAAACAAAUGUACACAAGAUUGCUUGCUUGCUCUGUUUUGGUGUAUUCGCCCGCGAUUUCUGUCAGCAAAUACUGGCAGGAAAGCACAGAAGAAAUGCAGGAGAGCAUGUUAUACAGUUGAAGAAGAAACAAUUGAUGAAGGAGCAUAAGUAUCAUAAAUAUUAUAGGAUAGGAAUAAUAUUGUUUCCCUUUUGAUAUUUUCUCUAGCUUAUAUAGUGGUUGUUGUAGUUGUGUGACAUUGCAUUUCAUUUUGUUAGUUGGUUAAAGUUUUGUGAUGAAAUUUUUAUGAAUUUUUGGUGGGAUUUUUGGUGCAUCCAUGCAGUGAACUAUAUGUAUUCCCUUCUCA